GAACUAAUAGCUUUCUUCUUUCAUAUUAAUUUCUCUGGGAGACAUUCCCAGCCAUAGUCCCCGCCUUGACACAAAUUCAUCUAGUGGAUUGCAUGUAUUUUCCUAUAACAUUUCUUCAUUCAUACAUAAAUUCAUUUUACAAGUAGUCAUGAAGCAUCUACUGUACUCCGAGAGUGAUAGAAGACCCAAAGGAAGUACGUGCACCUGCCUCACCCCCUUGGAUUUUAAUUUCCCUUGUACGUCUGUGUUUUCCCAGUCAGAUCAUAAGCAUCGUGAGCUCUGAGACCAGGUUUCAUGCCUGGCCAGCCCCAGGCCCCAGCACCCAGCGCUGCCGACGGGAAACUGCAGGGCACUCUGCUGGGUACCAGGGAGCAACCCGCUUGUCCUCAAUAUGUAUGUUUCCUCAAGUGUAAAUUGGAGAUAGUCCAUCCAUGACUGUUGUGAAGAUUACAGGUCUGACCACGCGCUGUGGAUACAGCUUGUCAGUGUCCACUGUCAGACCCUCAGGAUGCAGUGCCCACCAGGGGGCAGCAGGUCUCGGCCGAGCGGCCGGCCGCCGUCGACGUCAGGACCAGCGCCCCGCCCCGUGACCGUGACCCCGGGCGGCGCGGGGGCAGCGUACAGCUCCGCAGGCUGCCGGGGCGGCGGGAGUCCUACAGGCCGCGCGAUGGGUGCCGAGGCUUCCGGGAGCGGGCCAGCGCUGCGGGAGCUGGUGCGCGAGGCCGAGACCAGCCUGCUCGAGUGCAAGGUGUGCUUUGAGCGGUUCGGCCACCGCCAGCAGCGGCGCCCACGCAACCUGCCCUGCGGCCACGUGGUCUGCCUGGCCUGCGUGGCCGCCCUGGCGCACCCGCGGACGCUGGCCCUCGAGUGCCCCUUCUGCCGGCGAGCCUGCAGGGGCUGCGACACCAGCGACUGCCUGCCGGUGCUGCACCUCCUGGAGCUCCUGGGCUCCGCGCUGCGCCCGGCCCCAGCGGCCCCGCGCGCCGCCCCCUCCGCCCCCGGGGUCCUCACCUGCCACCACGCCUUCGGAGGCUGGGGGACCCUGGUCAACCCCACUGGGCUGGCGCUGUGUCCUAAGACGGGGCGGGUCGUGGUGGUGCACGACGGCAGGAGGCGUGUCAAGAUCUUUGACGCGGGGGGAGGAUGUGCGCAUCAGUUUGGAGAGAAGGGGGACGCUGCUCAGGACAUUAGGUAUCCACUUGACGUCACCGUCACAAACGACUGCCAUGUGGUUGUCACCGACGCCGGCGACCGCUCCAUCAAAGUGUUUGACUUUUUUGGCCAGAUUAAGCUUGUCAUCGGAGGCCAGUUCUCCUUGCCUUGGGGUGUGGAGACCACCCCUCAGAAUGGGGUCAUGGUAACUGAUGCGGAGGCGGGGUCCCUGCACCUCCUGGAAAUCGACUUUCCAGAAGGGGUCCUCCGGAGAACUGAACGGUUGCAAACUCACCUGUGCCAUCCCCGGGGGUUGGCGGUGUCCUGGCUCACCGGGGCCAUUGCGGUCCUAGAGCACCCCCUGGCUGUGGGGACCGGGACCUGCAGCACCACGGUGAAGGUGUUCAGCGCAAGUAUGCAGCUCAUCGGCCAGGUGGAUGCCUUUGGGCUGAGCCUCUUUUUCCCCUCCAAAAUAACCGCCUCCGCUGUGACCUUUGAUCACCAGGGGAACGUGAUUGUUGCCGAUACUUCUAAUCUGGCUGUCCUAUGCUUAGGAAAACCUGAGGAGUUUCCAGUACUGAAGCCCAUCAUCACCCACGGUCUUUCCCAUCCUGUGGCACUGACCUUUACCAAGGAAAAUUCUCUUCUUGUGCUGGACAGUGCAGCCCAUUCUAUAAAAGUCUAUAAGGUUGACUGGGGGUGAUGGUGGGAGUCUUGGGGCCUGGCAUCAGACGCCCUAGAGCUGCCACUGCUGAAUUGUUGAACCCUGGAUAAAUUACUUAAUCUCAUCUGUUCAACAGAGAUAAUUAUAAGUGCCUGGUAGACUUACAAAGGUUGGGAUAAUUAUUAAAGGAUAAUAAUUAAAUCUACGAUUUAUGGAUUAUGUACUCCCUGUGCUAAGAAAUUUGCUAAUAUUAGCUCCUUUAAUCCUUACAAUUACCCAAUUUCUAUUAUGAAUCCCAUUUUAGAGAUGAGAAAACUGAGACCCAGAGAGCUUAAGUGAUUUACCCAAGGUCACAUUUACUUACUAUGACAGUCACAAAUGGAACUCAAUUCUGACUCCAAAACCCCUUGCUCUUAAAUAAGAUAACAGAUGUGGAAAAAUAUAUGUGGGUGUAUAUUGUUGCUAUGUGUACUCUAUUUACAGGUAGCUAUUUAGUUAGAUGCACAGAGAAAGGAGACUUUAUAGAGUUCAAGAGAAAAAGGAUUUUGUGGUGGACAUCAGUUUAGUUCAACUUGCAGUUCCUUUGGUGGCUCAUUAGAUGGAGUUACUGUGGAUCCUGAGUUACUUGAAUAAGAAAAACUAUUGAAAUUGCUUAUUCAAAAGGUCAACGCGUAUCUUAGUACCUGUAUCUCCUCCGCUGUAGGUACUCAGGAAAUACUACUUGGUUUGUUGAGAAAGGCUUGUGUUGACGUAAGUUCUAAACUCCUGCGGAACGCUCUACCCCUAUACUCUGUGUUAGAGGGCUGGAUGUUAUUUCUGUUCAUGUUAAUAAAGAGAUAAGUCACCACAA